UGGGCACUGUUGGGUAGAACUGCUGGGCACUGGUGGGUGGCACUGCUGGGCACUGAUGAUCAGUAAAGUGUGGUUCAUAUCAGGGGCGACUGACAAGUCAUGGGGCCCCCGGGCAAUAGGGGAUCAUGGGGCCUCUGUGUCCUUGGCCAAACUCACAAAAGCCUAUGAAAAAGGUACCAGGGGCAUCUCAUGGGGCCCCCUACUGACCCUGGGCCCUCGGGCAGUGCCCGAGUUUCCAAAUGGUCAGUCCGCCCCUGGGUCAUAUGGAGUG